CUCGUUGUUGUAGCACAGUUGUUGUUGCUGCUGCUGGGCAAACAAGUGUUAAGACCUAUUUGUGCUGCAAUAUUUUCAGCAAUUACCGAUCGCCCUCGUCGCUGUUCACCACCCAACUUAAGCAGUAACCGAGAUUGGAGCAACAAAAUCCAAAGAGGCAAAAAGAAUCGACUUACACAAUAAAACCAUAAUCGGUUGGCAAUAAUGAGCCAAACGGAGGCUAGCAAGACACCCAAGAUCCCGGACUCGGAACCGGAUGGAGCGAAGGGCAAAGGGAAGCAACAGCUGGAAACUUAUCGGGUGUAUGUGGUCACCUGGAAUGUGGGCAGUCGCUUUCCGGAGAACAUAUCCCUCCGCCAUCUGCUGGGACUGCAGGAUGUGACGAUGGACAAGGAGACGAAGGAGACUAAUGCCCACAUGCCGGACAUCUACGCCUUGGGCCUCCAGGAGGUCAAUGCCCAGCCGCAGCAACAGGUGUUGGGCUUGUUCAAGGAGGAUCCGUGGACGCACAAGGCUAAAGAACUGCUCCGUAAAUACGACUAUGUGGCCGUAAAGACCGAGCAGAUGCAGGGACUGCUUCUCAGCAUGUUUGUGAGGCGGCAGCACGUUGAGCACUUGCAGGACAUCGAGGCGGAGUUCACAAGGACCGGUUUCGGUGGCAUUUGGGGCAACAAGGGCGCCGUCAGUGUCCGAUUCACUCUCUAUGGCUGCGGCUUGGCCUUUGUGGUGGCCCAUCUGGCUGCCCAUGACGAACGGCUGGAUGAGCGCAUCGAUGACUACAAGCAGAUCCUGGAGAAUCAUCACUACCAUGUCAAGCGGUAUAGGGAGAUUUACGAUCACGACUAUGUCUUCUGGUUUGGCGAUCUAAACUUCCGACUGCAGGGUAACGAUUCUUCGACGGAAGUGCGCGAGCUGCUACGCGAUGAGGCCCAGCACGAGGCCCUUAUCCAGCGGGAUCAAUUGUACCAGGUACGCGAGAAGUCGCAGCAGGCCUUUCAGGUUUUGCAGGAGCGACUGCCCGCCUUUCCGCCCACCUUCAAGUUUCGCGAGGGCACCUCCGAGUACGACCUGAAGCGGCGGCCAGCCUGGACGGAUCGGAUCAUGUACGCUGUGCAGCCGCUGAACAGGCAACCGGGCAUGCAGCUGUCCAUCGAGCAGUGCUCGUACAAGUCCCAUCCUUUGUACACCAUCAGUGAUCACAAGCCGGUGACCAGUGACUUUACCCUCAAGCUCUACCCGAAUGUACGGGCGCCCGGCGUGGUAUUUUUGCCCCUGUCGCUCUGGAAGAUUGGGGACGAGAACACAGUGGAGUACCGCAAGCAGGCAGAGUUCGAUGAGUGUCCCAACGACUGGAUUGGCAUCUAUUCGGCUGAGUACGCCAGUUUGGCGGACUUCGUUGCCUACGAGUAUGUCAACCAGGCUGAGUCGCCCACAUCCUCAGACUCCAAUCACGCACCGGAUCCGUUUGAGACGCCCUCGCAUCACCGAAGUGGUCGUCAUCAUCACAGGAAUCGCCAGCGACUGCGGCGCCAACAGGAGGCCAAUGCCCAAGAGCAGGUGCGACUAGAUUUCGCCGACGAUGUGGAACUGCGACACGGCGAGCAGUACCUGUUGAUAUAUUUCCGCACCACCGGAGUCAGGGGCGUGACCAGUGUGGCCGGCGUCAGCGACGUCUUUGUGGCGGAGAAGCGACACGGCUCGCCCCAUCGGACGGAGUACCAUGUUGACUAGCUAGCCGAGGCUCUGGACAUUUUUAUUCUUUAGUCUUCGUUUCGUAUUUGCCGUGCCGAUCUAAUUUUAUUGACCUUAUGUGAAUGUGUUAAGUUUGCUUGUUGGCUGUUGACUCAGCACCCACCCCCAAAUACGUUAAUAUGUAAUUAUACAAUUAUCGAACCAAUAA